ACAGCUUGGUCUCCACCAGUGGAUUCUGUGAGGGCAGCUACUAAGCUUGUUCCUGUUUCCCAGCUGGAACACCAGAAGAGCAACUUUCAGCAUAAACUCGUACCUGGCAAAGAGGAAGGUUUAAAGGAUCUCUAUGCCUGCAAGAGCCAAAAAUAUUCCUAUUCUCUUGCCCCAGAAAACAGUCAAUACAGAUCCAAGCACAGAGAUUUCUGUUUAGGUGAACUGCAGAACACCAGCCAGACCAGCACUCCACCAUCUAGAUCAGUAGCCAGGCGGAAAGGGGUGGACCGUGCAUAUCCCCCGAAACCAACUGUUCACCAGCAGGGUAUGAGAGUUCCAGUGGUCAGCACAGCACAGUUUGGAAGUGCCCCAUACACGGAGGAAGCUGCAAACAGCAGCCCUAGCUCAGUGAGCGAAGGGGGGUAUCAACAAGCUGCAGUGCUCUUUCCUUGGCCAGCAGAAUCUAAACAGUCAGCGUCCCCAUACAGGGGGCAGCUGCCCUACAUUCAAAAGUUGGAGGCAGAUGGACGGAAGCUGGAAAAGAAAAUCCAAAAGCAAAAGGCCCUCCUCAGAGAGAAGCUGGAGAGAACAAAGGAGUCACUUAGGAGGAUUCAAAGAAAGAAAUAGCUUGCUGAGACAGGGAAGAGAAGGUACCUGGAAGUGGAGAGGACCCAUAAGCAAAUGGCUGCAAAGUACCCUGAAGAAGUCUUCAGAGGUGCAGCCAGGCCGGACGAUGGGGUCUUGCAUGGGGUGCAGUCUGCAGAGGCUGUUAUCCUCAAGCCUGGCACCACCCUCUGCCCCUAGGAGCUGGCUAUGGGGAAACACAAGAAGGAGAGGCUGGUAGCCAGCAACAGCAAAAUUCAAGGCCACAUACCAAUGGAGCAUUUAGCCUCUUGCUCAAAGCCAGCCCCAAAAUGUGGCUCUUCUCGCUCUGCCAUCUCGGAGCAAGUUUCUGGUAACCAUCCAUCCACAAAGGUGCUAUGCAUGCAGGCUGGCAGUGCUGUGGAGCAGGGGAAGUUUGGACAGUGCAGCAUCUGUGAACCUAACUUCCUCUGCACCAGGCUUGAGAAGCAUGUAAGUAUCUGCAGCAAAAUCCAAGGCUCCAGGAGGAAAGUGUUUAACUGCAGCAUGGUCAGAGCUAAAGGCACAGAACUGGAAAAGUAACAGCAGCUGAAGGACUCGGAAGGGCCUGAGAGCAAGCCACCCAGAAAGAACGGCUGGAAAUAGAAGCAUGCAGUUCUCAUCCAGACCAUGCAUGAGGUGUGUGAGGUGCCACAAGUACUCGGCAAGAGAGAGAUGUCUGAAGUCCCCCCAUUGCCUCCCAUCAAAAACCCAGAUUAUGUUUCCCUGCCCCAACUGUAG